AUGAAAAUCGACCGCCCCCUGUGGGCUGCGGGGGCGUUGCUGUCUCCGCAACAAUUCCAGCAGCAAGCACGUUGGGAGGCCUGGACUAACGAGAACCUGGCCCAUUUGUCGUUGGUACACCCUUGGGGCGUCCUGGGGGUUGCGUUCGAUGGGCAAGCCUUGCGCCUGGACCGGUUGCUCCCCGAGGCUGCUCGGGACGCUACGCUGCUUCUGGCGUUGCCGUUGGAACAAGCCAACGGCAACAACUGUGUGUUCGAAGGGGAAAGGGCCGAUCGGCCAACGCGCUAUCGUCAGGAUUGGCGACGAGUGCAGGACAUCUACGCAGACGAGGUGCAGUCCAUCGGUGUGCUGGAGCACGCGCUGACCUUGCGCCUGGCUGAUGAUGAGAAUGCUGACUACCUGACAUGCCCGGUCGCACGCCUGGUGCGUGACGGGCAAGGCGCCUGGAAUAUUGACCCUGAUUAUGUACCGCCGUUGCUUAGCUUCGCGGCCCAUGCAGGGUUGCUGACCCAACUGGAUAACCUGUUGACCCAGUUGGCAGCCAAACGUCAACGGCUGAUGGGCAUGCGCCGCGAGAGCAACCAGCGCAUGGCAGAUUUUGCCGUGGCCGAUGUGUCGUUGUUCUGGUUGCUCAAUGCAUUGAACACCUAUCAACCAGUCCUGGCGGACAUCAAGUCACACCCUGCACGGCACCCCGAGCAGGUGUACCUCGAGCUGGUCAAGCUCGCCGGCAGCCUGCUGACAUUUUCCCUGGAACACGACAUCGACAAGAUUCCUGCCUAUCGGCAUGAACAGUUGGAAACCGUCUUCCCACCCUUGAUGCGCACUGUCUCCACCUUGCUGGAGGCCAGCCUGCCGUCACGAGUCAUUGCCCUGGUGCUGGAGGAGGUUGGGGCCAACCGCUGGCAGGUCACGCUCAACGAUGCACGCCUGCGUGAGCGGGACGGUGCCGACUUCUACCUGUCGGUACGUUGCCGUAUGCCGGCGGCUCAACUGCAAAGCCAGUUCCCGCGCCUGUGCAAAGUGAGCACAUCAGACGAUGUCAAUCACUUGGUCAAUGCUGCGCUUGAUGGUGUUCCGUUGCAGCCGCUGAGUCAUGUGCCGGCGGCGAUUCCGCUACGCCUGGAAAACCAGUACUUCGCCCUUGAUCUUGGCAGCGCCAAGGGGCAGGCGAUGCUGGCCGAAGGCACGUGUGCCAUUUACGUCCCCAGCACGUUACUGGACAUCAAGCUUGAACUGUUUGCGGAUCUUGACGCCCUGUUGCAAGACAUUUAUCUGCUGGUCGUCGAGUUGCACCAAGGGGCUUCGCUGCAAAACAGUCCGCAGUUGCCGGAGCGCUGCGCGAAGCAGGUCGAACAGGUUCGACAGGGCCUCAAGGACGCCGGCGUCGGUGCGCGCAGCCUCGAGCUGAUCAGUUACGCCCAGUGUGCGUUGCUGGAUGAGACCGCACUGGGUUGUGCCAAGGGAGAGGCCCAUGCCAAUUGGGCUCGCGAGCCCUUGCAGGCAAAGUUCUUCAAUCGUCAUCAGGCCGGUGAGUUCCUGUAUGAAGAUAUCGGCGAAGCGCUGCGUCGGCCCGCGUCUGAUGUGCUGGUGCUGACGGCAUUCCAGCGAGUUCUGAUGCUCGGUUUUCAGGGGCGCUACCGCGAUGUAAACGAUCCUGAGCGCGAGCAACUGUUAACCGCCCUGAAUGCGCGGGUCGUUCCUCUGCAACUCAAUCACACGCUGACGACGCACCGCGUUGGCCGCGGGAUACACCGUCUGCGCUGGGUAGGUUCGCCACUGGCGCACGUGCUGAUGGCGGGCCUGUUAUUGGCCGGCACCUGGUGGGGGCUGGACCACUGGCUGGGCGGCCUGAUCGUCACGCUUUUACCAGGCCUCUGGCUGUGGGCCGGUGCGCUGGCCUUGACCCUGUUGCUGGUUAUUCCGCUCACCGCCGGGGUGCGUGCAGUGGCCGCUUUGGCCAUUGUACUAAUGCUCGUCUGGGGGUGGGUCCGAACGGGGCGUCGUUUUGCAUGGCGCGGCCGACAACUGUUGCUGGCUGGCGAUAUGGCCCUGCCACCGGCAGGUUAUCGCAAGCCUGUGGUGCUGGUCUGUGGCGAUGGGCUGGCGGGGCUCUUUGGCGAGCUGCCUGCCGAGCAACUGGUGCUGCGCACCACCGCGCAAGGCUGUUAUGUGUGCGUACCGGUUCUUGACCAACUCGUGUCGAUCACAGCCAGUAUCCAGGCCCGGCGUCCGGAUUGGGCGGGACAAUUGUGCGUGAUGUUUAUCGCCAACCCCGCAGAGCACACGGAUUCAGCCGCAUUGGGUGGUCGGGUACGUGCUUUUCGUCAUCAGGUCGCCCUGGUGCGCAAGCGCGGUGUGGCGCUGCCGCUGAUGCUGGUGAGCUAUCUGCAAGCAACCAAAGGCGAGGGGGCCUGGUUCAGUUGGGAGUCCGGGCAAACCAGCCCUUACGUGAGUGAGGCUGGCGCCAGCGUCAGCUUGUUCGACUGGCAGGGGCAGGCCACCAACGGCGCGACUUACGCCGAACGCCUGUGCAGUGGGGUGCAGAUAAGCAGUGCGUCGACGUGGCUGGGAGAAGUGCUACUCCCACACUUGGAGACGCGGCCCGUGGCCUGCGCGAUCACUCUGGUACCGGGUCUUGCGCAGAGCAUCGAAGGCAACCUGUGGCAACAAUGGCUGCAUGACAGGACCGGGUUGAGUGGCGCCGGACAAUCUCCCGCAGGUUCCAGCCCGGCCUUGCCGUUUCCCGACCCUCUGCUGAAUUUGCUACCGAUCCAUACCCGCAACCCCGCAGUUGUUCGGGCAGGUAUUACGGCGCUGUGGCUGUUUGUGUCGGCCGGCGUUGUGGCGCUGGCCAGUUCGGCCUGGCAGAACAACCUGCUGUUGCGUCAGGUCAGUGAUGACUUGCGGCGCUACACCACCAUUCCCUCGGCCGACCAUCGUGACCAGCCCCACUUCGUCUUGGGCGAAAACGCCGUGGCGGUGCUGCGCCAGGACGCCAUGCGGCUGGAUGACUACUACCGCCACGGCGCACCCUUGGGGCUGGGCCUGGGGCUAUACCGCGGCGAUCGGUUGCGGCUGUCGCUGCUGGCGACCAUUGCCGAUCACCGUCAACCGCCCGGGGCCCUGGGGCCCGCCGAGAUCUCCAACCCGUUACGGCUCGACAGCCUGUCGUUGUUUGGAACCGGGAGCGCCGAACUCAAGGCGGGCUCAACCAAAGUCCUGAUUAAUGCACUGGUGGGCAUCAAGGCUCAACCGGGUUGGCUGAUUGUCAUCGCGGGCCAUACCGAUCUCACCGGCAACGCCGCGCACAACCUUGAAUUGUCCCGCGCCCGUGCCGCAUCCGUGCGCGACUGGAUGCAACGCAUGGGCGACAUCCCUGACAGCUGCUUCGCGGUUCAAGGCUUUGGCGCCAACCAGCCAAUCGCCAGUAAUGACACCGAAGAUGGGCGUACUGCCAAUCGCCGUGUCGAUAUCCGCCUGGUGCCGGAGACGGGGGCCUGCGCGCCGCCCACUGCGGAGCUUCACAUGGCAAUUCCCGUUUACCUAUGGCUGCAAGACGACGGCGGCGCUGAAAUCAAAGGGUCCGUUGACGUACAAAAACGCGAAGGCAGCAUCGAAGUCAUCGCGCAGGACCACAGCCUGUACAUCCCCACCGACAACAAUACCGGCAAGCUGACCGGCACCCGGGUUCACACCCCGUUCCUGUUCUCCAAGGAAAUCGAUGCCUCCAGUCCUUACCUGUACAAGGCGGUGACUACCGGCCAAACGCUUAAGAGUGCCGAGUUCAAAUGGUUCCGCAUUGAUGAUGCCGGCCAGGAAGUCGAGUACUUCAUCACCAAGCUGGAAAACGUCAAGGUCGUGAAAGUCGCGCCGAAAAUGCACGACGUCAAAGACCCGAGCAAAGAAAAACACAACCAUCUGGAGCAGAUCGAGCUGCGCUACGAGAAGGUCACCUGGACCUACAAGGACGGCAACAUCAUCCACUCCGACUCCUGGAACGAACGCCAAAGCGCC